GUCUGGAAGAACCAAGAUGUCUACCGGCUGGCAGUCUUUUGUUAAAGCGGCUGCAGGCUCCUUGCUUUUACUCUGGACCUUCCUGGAGCAGAGCGGCACCAACCACACGUUUCCCCACGACCGCUGCAAGAAAGUGUCCGACUGCGAGCCCUUGAGAUACAACACAUGCAUGGGUUCGGUUCUGCCUUACACCCACACCUCGCUCGCCCUGGCCGAAGAUUCCAGCACCCAAGAGGAGGCUCACAACAAUCUGGUCCUGUGGUCAGGGCUGCGGAAUGCUCCGGGCUGUUGGAGUGUGAUUCAACAACUUCUGUGUGCCGUCUACAUGCCAAAAUGUGAAAAUGGCAAAGUGGAACUGCCUGGUCAGGUCAUGUGUCAGAUCACUAGAAGCCCCUGUGCCAUUGUGGAGCGGGAGAGAGGCUGGCCUGACUUCCUGAAAUGUUCAAUUGACCGCUUUCCUGAAGGAUGCCUGAAUGAAGUUCAGAAUAUCAAGUUUAAUAGCUCUGGUCGCUGUGAAUCCCCUCUUGUGCGCACGGAGAAUCCUAAGAGCUGGUACGAGGAUGUGGAGGGAUGUGGAAUCCAGUGUCAGAACCCACUCUUCACAGACACUGAGCAUGAUGCCAUGCAUGUCUAUAUUGCCAUCUUUGGUUCCGUUGCCAUUCUCUGCACGUUCUUCACGUUGGCCACAUUCGUUGCUGACUGGAAGAACUCUAACCGUUACCCCGCUGUCAUUUUGUUUUAUGUAAAUGCCUGUUUCUUCAUUGGAAGCAUUGGCUGGCUCGCGCAGUUCAUGGAUGGUGCACGGAAGGAGAUUGUAUGCAAGGCAGACGGGACCAUGCGACUUGGAGAGCCAACGUCCAAUGAAACACUCUCUUGUGUUAUAAUAUUCGUUAUUGUCUACUACUCUCUCAUGUCUGGAGUGAUCUGGUUUGUGAUGUUGACCUACGCCUGGCACAUGUCAUUCAAGGCUCUCGGCACCACCUAUCAGCCUCUCUCUGGCAAGACAUCCUACUUCCACCUUGUCACCUGGUCGAUCCCAUUUAUACUGACAGUUGCCAUAUUGGCUUUGGCUCAGGUGGACGGAGACUCUGUGAGUGGGAUCUGCUUUGUUGGAUAUAAGAAUUAUCACUUCCGGGCAGGGUUUGUCCUGGCUCCAAUCGGACUGGUUCUGCUGGUUGGUGGCUAUUUCCUUAUAAGAGGUGUCAUGACCCUGUUUUCAAUUAAAAGUAACCACCCUGGGCUCCUGAGUGAAAAAGCAGCCAGUAAAAUCAAUGAAACAAUGCUGCGUCUUGGCAUUUUCGGAUUCCUGGCAUUUGGUUUUGUCUUCAUCACAUUUGGCUGCCAUUUUUAUGACUUCUUUAACCAGGCUGACUGGGAGAGAAGUUUCCGCGACUAUGUUCUGUGUGAGGCCAAUGUCUCCAUUGCUGAACAAACCAACACUCCCAUCCCCGAAUGUAGCAUCAAGAAUCGCCCCAGCCUCCUAGUGGAAAAGAUAAACAUAUUUGCUAUGUUUGGGACAGGCAUCGCAAUGAGUACCUGGGUCUGGACCAAAGCUACCAUUUUGAUCUGGAAAAGGACAUGGUUCAGAAUUAUUGGUCGAAGCGAUGAUGAGCCAAAGCGAAUUAAGAAGAGUAGAAUGAUUGCCAAAGCUUUUUCAAAGCGAAAAGAGUUGCUGAAAAAUCCAGACAAAGAGCUAUCAUUCAGUAUGCAGACUGUGUCUCACGAAGGACCAGUGGCUGGAAUCAACUUUGAGCUGAAUGAACCAUCUGCUGACCUUUCAUCUGCCUGGGCUCAACACGUAACAAAGAUGGUGGCUAGAAGAGGAGCCAUUUUACCUCAGGACAUUUCCAUCACUCCAGUAGGGACACCAGUGCCACCGGAGGAGAACAAGAGGAAUCUCUGGAUCAUUGAAGCUGAGAUUCCCCCAGAACUCCAGAAGAAAGCCGGAAAGAAGAAGAAGAAAAAGAGGAAAAAAGGCAUUAGACCUCUGCGGCCUACGGAGGAGAUGCACGACAUGGGCUACUGCACAGAGAGAGCAUCCAGCACUGUCCCACACUUACCCAAGUUGCCCGGGCAAAAAAACUUGGUGUCUAAAGCUGUGGAAUCAGCUGACAUUCAGGAUAAUUUACCAGGCACUCUCUUGGAGUCCGGAAUCAACCAUGUAUCAAACAAUGGGAGAUUUCUCAGAGGAACACUCAACAACCCCUCAGGGUACAGGUGGAAUGCACCUCUGAAUUUGAUUGCAAACCCUCUCUCAAAUGAUGAUGUCCUGCAGGAUGAUCUGGGAUUUUCCCAAGGAGAUCGAUUCCAGCCUCUGCAGAGACCAUAUAAUCACCCAUUCCCCCAUUCCUCGGCCAAUAUGGAGCUUGGAAGACUCCCUGUAAUUAAUAUCCCCCAUGGACCACGAUCCCAGGGCAGAAGGACUGCUAUUGCACCUGUACAUUCCAGAACAAAUCUAGUGGAUGCAGAGUUAAUGGAUGCCAGCUCUGAUUUUUGAACCUUGGGCCAAUAUUGGUUUUGUUUAAGGCAUCAUCUACACAAGAAGUAGCACAUCCAGCUGCAACGAGGGACUUUGGUAAAUAUCAGCUACAGUUCAAAUGAGUUCAUGGAAAUCAUGGGAAGUAUUUUACCAAACUGAUGAAUAUAAAUGGCUAGCAACUGCAAGUAACUUUAUGUUCAAAUGGAUUCAUGGAAACUGUAGGAAGUGCUUUACUACCCUUCUGAGGGAUUGCAGCAUCCCCUGAUAUUAGGACCCAUUUCUUGAGAAGAGGCCUUCCAUCUUAAUGCCCAACGCCAUCUAGAACAUCAGUAAUAAACCAUCCUAAAGGUCCAAUUUGGUAAAGCUAUUGAAGAUUUUUUUGGACCUGAGGCUUAGUGAAUUGGUCAGGAAUAGGAAUGCAAGUAACUUCCAUGUCUAGCCUUGCAUUCUGCUAGACCAGAAUUAUUCAUUUAUCUUUGACAGAAGAUUAGAUGCAUGUUGACCACGCCUAGCCUUCAGUUCGAUUUUGUACACAACCAACAAGUUAAAUCAUUGAAGUUUACAGAAGGAGGCCAUUUGGUCCAUCAUGCCUUUGUUGGCCCUUUCCUACAGCAAUCUAAUCCUACUAAUCUUGUUCCAGCUUCAAAUAAUUAUCCAUUUUUUCUUUAAAAGAUGCAACUCAGCUAUUCCUAUGAUAAAUCAAUCCUCUUUGUAGAAGAAAUUUCUCAUUAUCUCCUCCGAGUGAAAAAUUAAAAUUAAUGAUUCUUUGUCACUAACCCACCAACCAGUUGAAUAACCAUCGAACUACCCGUUGGGCUGAUCGUUUUAAUAACUUCACUCAAUGCUACCGAGUUACACCUCCCAAAUUUGUAUCUGCUCCUAGCAUCAAUUAGAGUUCAUGUGUUUUAUUUUACAAAGAUCUAACUUGUUAUCCCCUGAAUUUAUAUUCAGAAAGGAGAAAAUUUUUAAGGUUAAGAAUGGUCCAUAAAAACAUUUAAAAACAAACACAACAACUUUGGUCAAAUUUAGGAAAUAAUGUGUCAGGGUUUGACCCAGGCAACUCUAUACUCUGAAAGGGAAGGGAAAUGUUAGUCAUGACAAACUGAAAGUGACAAGGUGUUCCCAAACUGGUCUGAAGCUGAGAUCAGCGGUUUAUACAGUCAAGAUACUUGGGCACAAGCAUACUACAUAGUUGUGUCCACAUUAAAUGAAGAUCUGUUGUGGUGCUGUCUAGCUGUGUGACUGAACGUUGAAGAUAUUGCAAGUUUUGUACAGUGUUCGCUGGAUACAGUCAUUUGCUGUUGACCAUCCUUGCUAGAAUGGUAAAAUGAAUAAGAUCAGUCUUACUUUUUUCCUGCUCAAGUUGGUCACUCCAUUAUGAACUUCUGUUCUUUGCAACUCUAUCCAGGGCCAUAUUUUGCUUUCCUCCCCCAAUAUCCUCUUCACUGCUUAAGAUUCCCCACCUCUAAUAGUGGGCACUUUUAGCCCAAGUUACAAGUUUAAAACUGCCUGUACAGCAUGCAUUGUAUAUGCCCCCGAACCUGCUUAAUCUGUGUUUUUAAUGUGUUUUAUUCAACUCGAUUUUUCUAUUAUUCUACUGUCCAUUUUCUCAAUCCUCAACCUUUCGUAAACUGCAGGUCAUCAAAAACUCUACUGCAUGUAUUUUAUCCCACAUCAAAUCUUGCUCACCUAGGAUUUACAUACCUAUAUUGGCUCCUGGUCCCACAAUAUCUCAAAUUUAAAAUCCUCAGCUUUUCCCUUAAAUCUCUUGAUGACAUCACCCCUCUAUUUCUCUGUAACCAGUUCUAUAACGCUCCCUAAACCUCUGAACUCCUCCACUUCUCUCUUUUCCCUUAAUCCUUAUAACCCGCCCCUUUGGCCAAGUUUUUAAGUCACCCCUCCUAAUAUCUCUUUCUUUGGCUUUAUGUGUUUUUCUGUCUGCUUCUGCUUCUGUGAAGCACCUUGGGACAUUUUACCUAUGCUAAACAUGCUAUAUGGCAGCAAAUUGCUAUUAAUACUGUCUCUUGCCAUUGAGUUGGACUCAAGGAUAAUGUAAGAUGACAUUGAAGGAGGGAGAAAUUUAGAAUUAUCCUUUAUAUCAUCAGACUCACUUGCAUACAGAGGCAAUACAAACACACCUGCAGUCUCUAGUCCAACCAAUGUCAAGGCUCCAUAUUAACAACUCCAAGAGUGGGAUUUUCCAGCCCCACCUGCCGCUGGGAUCAUCCAGAUCCGCCAAAAGUGAAUAGAUUUUUGGCUAGGUUGCAGCAUCCCCUGCGGCAUGUCCCACCAUGAUGGGGCCAGAAAAUGCCAGCCCAAGCAUAAAAGAACAAUCACUGUCACAGCAGCUUAGUCACGUGGAUUGCUGUCUUUGAUUACCUUACAUCCAUGGUACCAUACUCUUUGAAAUGGUUCUGACCUAUUAUCCACUUGGCCUGCUUGCAGCCAAUCAUGUUGCCAGAUCCGUCUCUUAACCGGGUCUCUGUGACUCUACAAGCACCUACCCCACAAGUCUUCAAGGUAUAUCCGUCCCAUCCAUUUUUGCAUCACAGUAACAAACGGGCUAAAAGUGGUAAAUGAUCAGUAACUAUAGCUGAAAAGGAAGAUGGAUGAUACAGCACUGCAGGCUUCAGGAGAUGAGUAGUAGAUUUACACUGAAAAAGGACAGAGAGAAAAGACAAAAUGUAUUUCAAAGGCUGUUAAAACUACUUUUGUUACAAAAAUGACUUGCGUAAAUAAUUUGUUUAAUGAAGAACACUGCAGUGCGGUUUCUGUGGUUGUGUAUUUGAAUUUUUGUUUGCCAGAUUAUGUAUCAGAAUUGCAGUUAAUUCUGAAAGAGUUGUAUUGAUAGAGAGCAAUGAUUUUAGUGUGAAGAAAAACACUUUGUAUUAUAUACAUAAAAACAUAAGCAACAUUUCUACAAGAACCAGAAGAUGGUAUUGGAAAUGUCCAGGUUGGCAGUACAAGAUACUGUGUUACUGGGGAAUAAAGUAUCUGAUUUGGGUCCCAUUGUACAGCAAAAAAUGAAUGGUCAAGGUCUCUGAAUUACAUGCCCAGCACAUAGCUAUGCUACCCAGGAGUACAGUCGGAAUUCUAGCAUUUUAGUGGCUCCUGAUGAUUCCCUCCUCCUCCUCAUUGGUAGCAUGGGUACUGAUCUCUCCACCUUUCCAAUUACACUGGACUAAUGUUGUUCAGACAAUGUGCUUGUCUUACGUUCCUCCGUUUGCUAUUUUAACAGAGGUAUCAUUGAUUUCAAAUGGAUUAAACACCCAAGUAUAGCAAAGGAAUCGCAUGAUCACGUUCAGAAUUCAUGUGCUAAUGUCCCACCACCUGCUUAGAAAAAGUGUUAUUGAAAUUUUUUGCCCUAUUCAUUAGUUGUCAGUACUGAGGAAGGUCUGUAUUUGCCCAGUGUCACCAUUGACCGUUCUCAAGGCAGGGUGGGAGGUGACAAAUCCAGAGUACAAUCCUCAAGUCCUGCCCUAACCACUUCCUAAAAUGCCAUGGCAUUUUCCUUCCCUGCUAGUGACAGUUUGUGCCACAGUAUAAUUGGGUCUACCUUGCCUAGCAACAAGGCGAUUUGGCCCCAAAACAAUUCGAGAGAUCCAACAAGUCAAAGUUCCUUAACUUGGAUGUUAUUACAUAGCUCUGCCCCACACUCCUUUAGCUAUCACCCUGCUUCACUACCGCACUCUGACUCUGGCCCGAUGUUAUUAUCAGUAAAGGCAGUGGAACAGCUUCAUGGCACAAGCCAGCCAGUGUGGCCUUCUCCGUGCAACAUCCAGAGGUUUGCAGUCAGCAUGUCAACCAGGGAAAAGAUGGGCUUGAUGUAAAUUGGAAAGGAAGGAUGCCCAAGAUGCCCAUUAGUGCCAACCAGGGCAUGCGUGAACCUGCUGAUUUUGACAUUGAACAAUUUAAAUGCUGUCUGUAAGCACAAGCUACGUUUGAACAGACAGAAUCUGGAAUCGCACCUCUGGCUGCUUAUCUCUGUUUCAAGUACAAAGAUUUUGCCCAUAAAGGUAGGAAGGGAAAUUUCUCAAGCUUGCUGUGUCAGUGAGAGGCUGGGUGGUUUUCAGUGUGGAUCACAGUGCAAAGCCAGUGCAACUGCUGAUCUUGCUCCACCUGCUCCUUGGACACUUAAAAGCAUUCUGCAAUUUCUAUCCAUUCUUUCUCUGCCUUACCUUCAUUGCUCCAAAAGGUGAAGCAUGGAGGAUUUGAACUUUCUUAGUCUGAAACAUGAAGUGCAUUCUAUGAGCAUUAUGUUCAAUUUGAGCGAUAGGGUAAAAUGGGUGAUAGCAAUUUGGCAGCCAAUUUUAUGUGGCUCACACUUUUAUUUCUCAGUUGUUGCUCAUUUGCUAUACUAUCGCACAAAGUCAAAAUAACCCCCCUAGAGAUUAACCUGUGUGUGUGUAAACCCCACAAACAACCAGCAUAUGGAAACCCUGUAAAUCUUCCCCACCUUCACCAAGUGAUAGUCUGGUUCUGUAAAAUGUUGAAGACUUGAUAUUUUUUUAUAGAAAUAUAAUGGUUAUUUUUGUACCAUAUAUAGCCAUUUUAAACUUAAUGUAAUCAGUGUACAUAGAGAUCUGUAGAGUAGUUACAUAUUUUGUGGGGGAGGGGGAAAGAAGGUCAUUUUUAAUACUACCUUAAUUCCUUAGUAUGACGUCCAUUUGAUAUAAUGUUUUUCACCUGAUAAUUUUACAAUAAACAUGCUUUUUUUUUAAA